AUGAUUCUACUCUUUCAGUGCGUUGGUGGUGCGUUUUUCGUCGCCGCGGGACAAUCUGCAUUUGUCAACGAGCUCAUCAUCGCCCUUCCGAGCCACGCCCCUGGUAUCGACUCCGCUACUGUGAUCGCGACUGGUGCGACUGGAAUAAGAACCGCUUUCUCUGCAGACGUGGUACCGGGAAUCGUUCAAUCUUAUAUGGCCGGUAUCAAGGUAGCCCUUGCUCUCCCUUUGGUGGUUCAGGACUCGGGCUUUUGGUCAGUCUUUUUAGCAGCUGGAAAAGAAUCAACGCGAGUCCAACAGAAGCCGUGGCGGCUUGAAGGCUAG